AUGUUAAUUUUCUUUGUUCCAUUUAUAAUUUCAGACUGCCCUGAAGGAUCAGUCUAUGAUAUUCCUUCAAAUGUUACAUCAAUUGGAAGUUCUGCAUUUUCUGCUUGUUAUAGACUUACAAGUAUAACGAUUCCUUCAAGUGUUACAUCAAUUGGAAGUUCUGCAUUUUCUGCUUGUUAUAGACUUACAAGUAUAACAAUUCCUUCAAGUGUUACAUCAAUUGGAAGUUCUGCAUUUUCUAGAUGUACUGGUCUUACAAGUAUAACAAUUCCUUCAAGUGUUACAUCAAUUGGAGGUUCUGCAUUUUCUGGUUGUAAACGUCUUACAAGUAUAACAAUUCCUUCAAGUGUUACAUCAAUUGGAAGUUCUGUCAUAAGACGAAAUGGUGGAAGUGAGGUGAAGUUUUAA